AUGGUCUCGUUAAAUCCACAAAGCGCAUGCAACAUACGGUGUGAAAAUGGUGGUAUGUGCGCAUUCUCUUUCGACAAUCCACAUUUACAUACAUGCAUUUGUUUGAUGGGUGUGUACGAAGGCGAACGAUGUCAAUACGAAGUUGGAGUUCCCCGGACGGUUGUGCAACAGACGCAGCAAAUGCCACCUCCACCGCAUCCAACUCCAGUGGUCGAAUACGACAUAAGGCGGAUGGAAAUUGAACGGCAACGAGAAGAGCAACGACGUCAACUUAUGAACGGCGAAUAG